AUGGCUGGCAAUGACACCCUCAAGCUCGCCCUGCACCAGAACAAACAGUGGGCCCAAGCAACCGCCCGCGACCACCCCGACCUCUUCCCCACCCUCGCCGCCGGCCAAAAGCCCAAGAUCCUCUGGCUCGGCUGCUCCGACUCCCGCGUCCCCGAGACCACCGUCCUCGGCCUCAAGCCCGGCGACGUCUUCGUGCACCGCAACAUCGCCAACGUGCUGCCGCCGACCGACCUCAGCAGCCAGAGCGUCAUCGCCUACGCCCUCGCCCACGUCAAGGUGCAGCACGUCGUCGUGUGCGGCCACACGGGCUGCGGGGGCGUCAACGCCGCGCUGGGGAACCAGAAGCUGGGGCUCAUCGAUGCCUGGUUGAUGCCGUUGCGGAAGCUGCGCGCGGAGAACAGGGCCGCGUGGGAUGAGGCGGGGUUGGGUGAGAAGGAGAAGGCGUUGAAGCUGGUGGAGGCGAAUGUGAGGCAGGGGGUGCAGACCCUCAAGGAGAAUGCGGAGGUGAUUGAUGGGAUGCGGGAGAGGGGCGUUGAGGUGCAUGGGUUGGUCUAUGAUGUCGGCAGUGGGGAGUUGAGGGAGCUGGAGAUUGAGGAGGGAGAACAGGAGGGGAAGAAGAGGGAGGAGGCCUUUGGGACGAAGUGA